AUGUCGAUUGGAGUUCCAAUAAAAGUGCUUCACGAAGCCGAGGGUCACAUCAUAACCUGUGAAACGAAUACCGGCGAGGUUUACCGCGGAAUAUUGAUUGAAGCUGAAGACAAUAUGAAUUGUCAAAUGCAAAAUAUUACUGUAACUUACAGAGAUGGUAGAGUAGCUCAAUUAGAAAAUGUUUACAUUCGUGGCUCCAAAAUAAGAUUUCUCAUACUGCCGGACAUGUUGAAGAAUGCGCCAAUGUUUAAGAGACCUGGUGGAAAAGGAUCUGGUACAGCAGGUCGUGGAAAAUCUGCGAUUCUUCGAGCUCAAGCUAGAGGAAGAGGCCGAGGACAAAAUCAAAGAGGUCGAGGUACUGGUUCUGCACCGUGGCUCAAUCAACAAACUCAACCAAGUGGUUCUCAAGCUGGUAGAGGAAGAGGAUAA